AUGAAGGUUCAAAAGUCUGGUGAAGCAUUGAAUGAGCAGCAACAAUGCUAUGCUAUUGAGAUUUUUGACGAAUCAGUAGAAGGUGAUGACGUGUAUGUAGUUGAUGAAAUGGAUGACAUGGAAGCAGAUGAAGAGGAAGUUUAUACAUUGAGGUCUGAACAUGAGUUGCAUGACGCUGAACCGCAGCAGGAGCUAUAUGCUGCUGAACAAGAGGUGCAUGCUGCUGAACAUGAUGCCGAAGCAGAGGCUCAGCAGGAGCUGCAUGCUGCUGAACAAGAGGCGCAGGCUGCUGAACACGAUGUCGAAGCAGAGGUGCAGCCUGCUGAAAUUGAUGUGCAUGUUUCUGGACCACAGCAGCAGGCUGCUGAACAUGAGUUGCAUGAUGCUGAACCAGAGGUGCAGGCUGCUAAAACUUAUGUGGAGUUUGGUGAAGCUCCUGACCUGGAUGAUGAAUAUGAGGAGGGUAUUUUGGGAGAGGAAUAUACUGACUCAGAGUACGAGCAGGAAGAAAAUAUUGCUAUGGAGGAUAAUGAUGAAAACACAUAUUUCAGAAUACGAAGACUCCAAUGA